CUCAGCGACCAGGAUACGAAAGCUGCCAGGAGGACCCCGACAUUCCAGCGCAAACCCCUCGACCCCUGCCCUGUGCAUACCCGCCCAAACAUCACCAAAAGCUCAGUCUAGAUCGCGUCGCCCAUAGCGCCUUUGGGAGGCCUCCAUCCGUCGUUCGCAGCGGAGCGAUGUCGAUGAAGCCUUGAGAAAAAUCAAUCGCCAACCUCUUUCAAUAUACUGCCAUGAUUAUACCCAUCGCCCCUCGGCGACCUCAUCUCCUCGGCGGUGUCCUCCUCGCCCUCGCCUUCCUCCUCAUCCUCCACCAAACAUACACCCCACAUGGCGUUCUCUCUUCCUCUUUCCCUCGCACAAAGCAACACCCGCAUACCCUAACACAUGGUCUAGAGAAAGGCAACAAUGAAAUACUGCAGAGGCUUUCGCAUAUGCGGGGUGUAUGCGAGAGCGAAGAUCCGUUCGAUAGAGAGUAUGGACGGGCGAAUCUGCGGUUAUCGAGGGCGUAUGAAGGGUCGCACGAGCGGAUGAGGCUCUUUCUCCAAAAGCUCCUGAGAGGGGAGCAUGUGACGAUCUCGGCGAUUGGAGGGAGUAUCACCAAGGGGCAUCAGGUGGAUAAGAGCGAGAUUUGGUUCCACAAGUUCUGGGAGUGGUUGCGUGACUUUGCAGGUGACAAUGUCGAGAUUGUGGAGAUCAACGGUGCUGCCCCGGCGACCGGCUCCGACUACUUCUCCUUCUGCUUCCCCCUCCACAUACCCUCCGACUCUGACCUCGUCAUCGUCGAGCUCGCCGUCAACGACGAAGGUAUCCUCGAGCACAUCGAGAACAUGGAGAACCUCAUCCGUGGCUUGCUCGACCUCCCCAAUAACCCUGCGGUCAUGCUGGUGGAGGCUCUGGCGUUCAGUGGUGGAGGUAUGGGCGGUGGAGGAGGGAGGAUGCACUUGCCAGUGGCGCAGUACUAUGAUGUACCGGUGAUCAACCAUCGGCACCCGCUAGUCAGCCAUUUCGCCAGACAUCCUCAGCUCGUGGAACCAUACUUCACCAAAGACUGGUGGCAGAACCCUGAUAAGCGGCAUAUCAACCCCCGAGGCCAUCGCGACCUCGGAAUGCUCGUGGCUAGUUUUGUAAAAGAUGUCGCUUGCGAGAUGUUUGCCGAACCGACCUUUUCCGUCCAACCCGCACCCUCAUUCCCGCUCCUCCUCUCGCAAGCUAUCGCCCAGCCUCCCCAGACGUCCGACCCUGCCGAAGGCCUUGCGGAGGACGAGAGGAGAAGGCAGGAAGAAGCUUUAUGGCCCGAACAGGCAAAGAGCUGGAGACGGCCGCCGAAAGAAGGCGAAGAAGUCGGUGAACUCAUGCCUUCUCUCUGGUCUACACCACAAGACUACGGUAUCGUCCCCCGUCUCCGCGUCCUCGAAGGCUGGAACCCCAACACCGAGUACGCCACCCCGCCCUUCCACCCCACCUGCCUCUCCACCCGAUCCAAAGAACCGCGCUUCAACCUCACGCCGUCUUACAAUGACGGCUGGGAAUACUGGAUUCACCCGGAACAUCUCGACAAGCCGUAUAUGGUUGCACGAGAGCCCGGGGCGAGGGUGAGUUUCGAGUUGGAGACAGGGGUGGGGAUGGUGAAGAUGUAUGCUUUGAAGAGCAAGACGUUUGGGCUGGGGACGGUGGAGUGUUGGGCUGAUGAGGAGAGGGAUAAGGCGGAGAAGAUUGUGGGGUGGUGGGAUAAUGGGGAUGUGAAUAUUGGCAGGUUUGCGACGAUACGGACAGGGCUGUCGGCGGGGACCCAUACGAUAACGUGCGAGCUGUUGGAAGAGACGUCCGACCCUGGUGGUGGACAUGAGUUCAGGAUGAUCUCGAUGAUGAGCGUAUGAGCGCAUCGAGAGUAGAGCAGGACACUAGUGUACGCAACGAUGAGGGACCUUCAUAAUCAUGGUCAUCCAUCAGACUUUUUACAAUACCUCGCAUCUCCGGCGAUGGAAUAUGUUUAUCAUGUCAAAGUGUACAAUUUCACUGUCUUACCUCCAAGACUAUAUCAUGCGAUGUCAUAUCAUGCCAUG